AUGGCUGACUUACUUUCCACCGGCUGUGGUAACAAUGCUGGAUGGUCUCAAUGUACACCGUACAGUUCCAACAUAUCUCGUGGCAGAGGGCUUGAAGGGAGCGUCGGUCCCCUCGGUCCUGGGCCUAGCCCCUUGCCCCUCACAUGGGGAAGCCUUUACUCUUCUGGAGGCUCCCGAGAACCCCCAGCUCAGCUGGUCAGGUACAAUCCGCGUGGCGUCCCGCGGCCUGCACACGAUGUGGAUGUGGACGAGAUACGACUUUGUAGAAGGGAAGAGGGGUCAGUGCAAACAUCAAAGGAGGCCCAAGAGGGAGAAGGCCACCAGGGCAGAAUAAGCUUUCACCCGGAGACUUACCGGGACAAUCUUUCGUUGACAAUGCGGCACGUACAUCACCUUGUGGCCAAUAUCCAAUAUGAUCCCAUCAUGAACUGUGGCUUGGCAGCAGAGAGGGACCAUACGGAGAGGAAAGCGAAGGAAGCGAAAAAGGCGGAGAAAGCGAAGAAAGCAAAGAAAGCGAAGCCAUCAAGAUGGAAGUUCUGA